AUAUAUUAUAAGGCUCCAUCUAUUCACUCUCACUCAAUUUUUAUUUCUGAUAAUCAAUUUGUGAAGAAACCAUGACUUCUUCUGAGAGCAGAGCAGAGGAGCUUCACGUUAUGCUGGUGGCGUUUUCCGCCCAAGGCCACAUCAACCCUUUACUCCGGCUAGGCAAAAGCCUCCUAGCCAGAGGCCUCCAAGUCACCCUCGCCACCACUGAACUAGUCUACCACCGUGUGUUCAAAUCCUCCUCCACCACCGCCGCCACAACCGACACCAUCCCCACCAAUUUCACCACCAAUGGAAUCCACGUCCUGUUCUUCUCCGACGGCCUUGACCCCAACCCAGAUCAAACACAGUUAACCCCUGAUGAUUACAUGGCCCUUGUAGAAAAUCUUGGACCAAUCAACCUCUCAACUCUCAUCAAAACCCACUUCAUCAACAAUUCCAAAAAGCUUGCUUGCAUCAUCAACAACCCUUUUGUCCCCUGGGUUGCAGAUGUAGCAGCAGAGUUCAAAAUCCCCUGUGCAUGUCUCUGGAUUCAACCAUGUGCUCUCUACGCCAUCUAUUACCAUUUCUACAACAACACCAACCAAUUCCCCACACUUGAGAAUCCAGAAUUGAAUGUCCAAUUACCAGGUCUACCAUUGCUGAAACCUCAAGACCUUCCAUCUUUUAUUCUCCCAACAAACCCCUUUGGAGCCUUAUCAAAAGUACUAGCAGAUAUGCUCAAAGACAUGAAGAAAUUGAAGUGGGUGUUGGCGAAUUCGUUCUAUGAACUGGAGAAGGAAGUCAUAGAUUCAAUGGCAGAGACAUACCCUGUCAUACCAGUUGGUCCGUUACUUCCUCUGUCGCUUCUCGGCGUAGAUGAAAACGAAGAUGUUGGAAUUGAAAUGUGGAAGCCACAGGAUUCAUGCUUAGAGUGGCUCAACGAUCAACCUCCAUCUUCGGUUAUCUACAUCUCAUUCGGAAGCUUAAUUGUGUUGUCUGCUAAGAAAUUGGAGAGCAUUGCUACUGCUCUGAAGAACAGUAACUGCAAAUUUCUGUGGGUGAUCAAGAAACAAGAUGGAAAAGACUCGCUUCCCCUGCCUCAGGGGUUCAAGGAAGAGACGAAAAACAGGGGAAUGGUGGUGCCAUGGUGCCCACAAACGAAGGUGUUGGUUCACCCUGCGAUUGCAUGCUUCCUGACACACUGUGGAUGGAAUUCAAUGCUGGAAGCAAUCGCCGCCGGGAAACCGAUGAUUGCGUAUCCUCAGUGGACUGAUCAACCCACCAACGCGAAGCUCGUUUCUGAUGUUUUCCGUGUUGGGAUUCGCUUGGAGCAAGACAGUGAUGGGUUUGUGGAAACAGGGGAACUGGAAAGAGCAAUUGAAGAGAUUGUUUCGGGGCCUAAGUCAGAGGAGUUGAAGAGGAAUGCGGCGGAGCUGAAACGUGCUGCGAGGGAGGCGGUGGCUGAUGGUGGCUCGUCGGACCGGAAUAUCCAGACAUUUGUGGAUGAAAUUCUUGCAACUAGAUUGGAUGUCAUGGAAUCUUCGAACGAGGUCAACAAGUGAUAAUUUCAAUGUGUUGUCAUUGUUGAAUGUUGAAUUGAUGCUAGCCGCUAAGAUUAUGUUGGAGUUUUGUGAUAAAAUGUCUGUUUUUAGGUACCUGUUGUAGUAGCAUAAGCCAGGUUAACUUGUGGUUGUGGACUUUUGGUACCCAAAUGAGUUUGGACCAGGAGAGAAGAACCUUGUGCUAUUAAAUGAGUCAGCAAGACUAUUUUCCUUAUAA